AUGUUGCACAUACACAUAAUUAAAAUCAUAAAAAUAAAGCUUUUAAAAUAAUUAGCAGCCAGGGCCAUUAUCACCUACAAAUCCGAAUGUGGGAAUACUGUUCCAGAGUCUCCAUCUUUGUCCCUAGAGAAGUGUGGUGAGGAUGCCCCACUGCUAAGAGCAGCACUAAUAAUCCAUGUCCUAGCUUCUUAUGAGUAGAAAUGAGCUGAAUCCCGUGGAUGCUGCACUGUCUUAGGACCUUAGGUCCAGGGCAGCUAAUCUUCUAGGUACCUCUAAGGUCACUCACAUCAAUGUCACCCCCCCACCCACCCCCAGGUACACAUAUACUAUACCACGUACACUCUUACCAAUGAGGAAGGCCUUGCGGAAGGAUCGUCCAAGGUCAUAAACAGACUAAAUUUCAAGGCAGCAGGUAAGGGCACCAGUACCCUUUUGAUAAGUUGUGGGGUAGUUGUAUUUGAACUCACUGCAAGCACCAAGAGCUUUUCCAAGCAAAGGAUAGAAGUAGUUCAUCCCAUUUUCCCCCUGCCCUUUUCUGGCAGGCGCUGACCUCUUUUCUCAGGGACACAGGGGUAGGAAUGCCAGCCCUGUUUGGCUGCCAGAUCAGUCUCAGGCAAGUAGGGACGUGUUGGGAGGGUGCUCCUAACGUCAGAUGUUGGGCCACCCCUUCCUUGCUCCCGCCCCCAAGGAGUCUCCCCAUCACCACCCCCACACCCCCCAAGGAUUCCCUGGAAGCUGAAAUGACUCAGGGAUUCCAAAACUAGUCACCCCAGGAGGAAACCCUCUGGAAAAUGUUUCUCAUGGCAGGGAGUCACCCUAAAGAGUCCCACAAAGCUGCUAAUGAGAUAAGGCCAGAGGCUGAGCAAGCAGGGUGGGGUGGGGGCCUGUGGCUCAGAGAAUAGGUUCAUGGGUCAGUCUGGUCAUCACGGUACAGGGAAAGCCAACCCUGGGGAAGACUGUGUACUUAGAGGGAUCUUCCAUCUUCCUUUCAGAGGUUUCCUCUGUCCUGAGGUACAGAGGUAGAGAGAGACCCCAAAUGCCUCUUGUGAAGAACAAUGUCCCAGUCACCCAGGCCAGUUCCAUUCUGCAGUGUCAGCAGUUGAGACAAGAAGCUGGGAUCAUUUUCAGUGCCUAAGAGCACCCCCUUGUGCACUGUCCAGGGUCUGCUCCCUAGGGCUCUGACUGGGGGAGACCUGUAGGAAUCCGGCUCUUUGAAACAGCACAGGCUAGCUAAAGGACCCUCUUCUGGGCUUGGGGUUGCUAAGGAACACCACAAGCCACCUGAGGCCAUGUGCCAGACAAAAGCCUGAGGAACAGGAAGCUGGAACAAUGGAUCCCAGCCAGCAGGGCUGAACGCCCAAGUGGGCAGGAAUGCCCUGUGGUCUUGGGCAGGUGCAAACGAAACCGUCCAGCACAAGUCCAGGUGAACAGGGACACAUUCACUGUGGGGGGCGCCCCUUCCAUCCACAGCCAACGGUGGAUUGGCUCCUGCUAGGAGCUUAGGAUUGGAGUUAUUGAGGGCUGGAACGGAAAACCAGCUCAAGAGUCUUUCUAACUUCGUAAACCUUGGGUAAAUUAUUAAAUUUUGUUGGGUCUCACUUUCUUCAUCUAUAAUAUGAGGAUUAUAGUUUUUAUGUCAUAGUUUUGUUGUCAGAACAGAAUAAGAUGAUGUGAUUAGGGUUCAGCACCACAUCUGGCACACUCAAGUGCGUAGGAGCAAGACCAGCAGCGUAUAUAGGGAGACGGUAUCCAGGAGCACCGGGCCAAGGGUGGGUGUGGGCAUGGACUGAAGAUAUUCCUGGCCUCAUUGCUCUUCCUAAGUGUCCUAACCCUGGCCACCAAUGGUUUCUCCUCAGUGCCUCCCAUUGUUCCAUGCCCCAAGAGUCACCAAAGCAGUUUCUUCCAACUCUUGAGAAUGCCCUCUGUUGUUAUGACACCUCUUCUUUGAGGCUAUUUUAUGGUCCUUUAUGCUGUACACUAUUUGGUUCCCUUGGUUACUUCAUGAGUAUUUUCUGAGGGAAAGCACAUGCAAAUCACUAGACAUUAUUCUAGAGACAGUGUGUAUGAGUGUGUUGGGGUGGGGCAGAGAGGUCUCUGGGCAAAGAGAGGAAGUCUUGCCCCCCCCACCAGAAAACCCCUGCGUAGGCUUCCGGUAGCAGUGCCUGCUGAGGGUUGCAUCCUCAUCCCAGGAAGAGGUCAGGGAAGGUCUAGGGACAGGGAUGGGGGCAGGGUAGCAAACUGAGAGGCAAAGGGACAUUGGGGGCAGUAAUGGACAGUGAGGGAGAACUCACGCUCACAGAUGAUGGUGCUCCAAAGAGUCGGGGCCAUCAAAACGAGGAGGGGCCCGAGCACAAGGGGAGGGAGGGAGGUCAAGAAGAUCCAGAGGAGGGAAAUGUUCGUCAAGACAGGUGACCAGGGACAUCAAGUAAGAAGAGGGACAGUUGGAGGCCAGGGCCUAGGCAGGAGUAGCAGAAGUCUCGAAAAUGGUGCCUCUGGAAGGGAGACCAGAUGACAUUCUUUGACUUGAAGUAGUAUGGCAACCAGGGAAAUUCCCAUCAUGCCAGUUCACAGAGACAGAGACAGAAUUACAGAGAGCUAUUCCUACGACCCCCGCCCGGAAAGUGCAAGGAACAAAGUUUGCCCAAUCAGCUGCCAGGCUGAUGAUGAUGGCCAUUACAGCUUCCAUGAGGGUAGCACUUAAACAGCUUUUGGCAACACUUCCGGGUUUUAUGCUGUUGGAGUUUUUUUGUUUUUUUUUUCCCCUUUGGUUUUUUUUUUUUUUUUUUUAAUCUCAGGUCACUCCCUCCAAAAGAUAGUGGAAAUAAAUUUGAAUAAACAAAACAGGUUUGCUGAAAAUAAAACCAGGACACCUCCACUGCUCCAGUCAGCCUGCUUCCAGAAGGCCUGUGAGACAGGGUAGUACCUGUGGCUGAGUGAGCAGUGUCCGGCAUGUACCAGGUUGCUGCAUUCUUGGCUAUGAUUGUGGGAACCCACAUCAUCAGUUCGGAGACCCGGAAUGACUGUAGUCAUUGGCCCAGCUGCUGCCCCAGCAAAGAACAAGACUCCACUCAGGAGUUGCUGACGUGGAACCCUGCAUCUACGUCUCCCCCAGAGGCUCUGAGUCUCACCUACCACCCAGAAUCCUGCAAGGCCAGCAGGGAUGGACCCCUCAACAGGAGGGCCAUCUCUCCUUGGAGCUAUGAGUUGGACAGGGACUUGAACCGGGUCCCCCAGGAUCUGUACCACGCAAAAUGCCUGUGCCCACACUGUGUCAGCCUACGGACGGGCUCCCGCAUGGACCUGAUGGGCAACUCAGUACCCCUCUACCACAACCAGACGGUCUUCUACCGGCGGCCGUGCCACGGACAGCAGGGUUGCCAUCAUGGCUACUGCCUGGAGCGCAGGCUCUACCGUGUCUCCUUGGCUUGCGUUUGUGUGCGGCCCCGCGCAAUGGCGGCUUAAUCACGCUUGCCACCUACCUGAGGCUGAUAUCUUGCCGCGGUGGGCCAGGGUACCUGAAUGCUCGAGCCCUCCAGAGCCCUACCGGAAGCACCGGGAUCCUGGGACGAGACGGAGAACUUGGGGAGAAAACCCUGACUUUUGCACUUUUUGGAAGAACUUUGGGGAAGGAGCAGUUGCAGCCUGGGGCUGCUUGGAGGAUGCUGUCGUGGCAUUUCCUCCUAGAGAAGGUCUCCAAAGGCCUGCCGGUCCCUGGGAGCUGUGCUACUGACUCUCCCUUCCCUCCGGAUUCCCCUGACCAGCACGCGCACUUUCUCUGUAUUUCCCCCUUGGCCCUUCAAUUUGUUGGCUUGUGACCACCAGCUCUGUGGGCAGCCAGGUGUAAUUACUUUGACGCGGAUAAUUCUGAGGAGGAAGCUGUUAUUGAACGCGGAGAGAUUUGUCCAAAAUAAACAUCUGUAUUUAAAAA